AUGGUUGACUAUUUUUCGUUAAAAGAAUCUGUUUUAAUCUAUUUAGAUAGGAGUGGCGGCCUUCAGAAACUUGCUGAAGACUGCAAACAAUUGAACGAUCCCCAGCAGACGGAAGCUGUGUACAGGUUUUGUGUCUGUGUAAAUCCAUCUGAUGUGAUUGAGAUAGAUCCUGAAUUAGGUGACUGUGUCCUGCAUGACCCCCUCAAAGCAACAGCCUUAUUUCAGUCAGUUUGCUUCCUAGCAAUAAGGACACUUUCACUAGUUGAAAAAAUACAUACAAAGAGUCAGGUAAAUGUAGUUCUGAAGCUGACACACCUGCCUCCUUUUCCUGAGUAUACCUUGGACCUCUGUGCCUUCCCUCGCUCGUAUGGCCCCAUGAAGCCUGUCUUCAUGGAGGGUGUAGUCAUAGCCAUGACAAGGGUCACAAAAUACACUCAGGGGGCCAAGUUUCUCUGCAUUAAUGAAGACUGCCCCUGCUCUACAGGAUUCCACCACAUCCGUGUCCAUGUACCUGGGGCCACUGAAUCAGCUACUGUGAGAAAUGACUUCAGCUGCAUAGUCUGCAGCUCCCCACUGAGGGAGGAUAUGAAGUUUAGAGUACUAGGAGACAAACAACUGGUGGAGCUAAUGCAUUACAAAGCAAUGGAUGUUCUGAGGGCUCAUCAGCAAAGCUCACUUCGAUACCAAUCUGUCACUCUGUUUCUGAGAGAUGAGCUGUGUAACUCAAUGAGAAUUGGUCAGCUCUACAGUGUGGUAGGCAUUCCUGCACAUGUGCACCAGUGGCCCCAUAUUACCUGGAGUAUAGAGGCAAAUAACAUUCAACCGUGGGAAUCUGAAUAUCCACAUAAAGUUAGUGUCAACCUCCAGGAACUGUUGAAGGCUACAGCUGGUUCUCCUUGGAGGUUUUCGGCCAUCAUAGCUCAUUGCUUUGGGUUGGAUGUGGCUCCUCCAGGCCUGUACAACACUUUGAAACUGUGCUUGAUGCUCAGCUUAGUGCAAACUAAAGUGGAUGUAAAGGAAACAUUUCACAGCCUUGAUCUCCUAGUUAUCACCACUGACACUCUCAUAAUAGACAGACUAAUGACAUACAGCUUGAGCUUGGCUCGACGUGGGGUCAGGCAUCAGCCCUCAGGGGAGGUGUUCGCCUCUCUGUCACGGGACCAACAUGGAGCAGGCACUGCUAACAUCCACGGUGGCUCUGCUCUUUUAGCCACUGGGGGCAUUUGCAUGUUGGGAGAUCUGGGUUGUUACAAAAAAGACAAGCUGGAUGCCAUUCAGUCAGUGCUGGAGAGCCGGACAGUGUCUGUGUUCAUCCCAGGCAAGAAGUAUGGUGAGGAUGCUGACCAGCAGCUUUCCUUCCCUGUACAGUGCAGCUUCUGGGCUCUGGCAGAAGCUACAGAUGCCGCUCGAUUGUCUACCAGGGCAGACAACGCUGUGCUGGGAAGAGCAGAAAUGGGCCCGGUACAGAUUCAACUGGCAGAUGUCUUUGGCCUGGUCAUUCAGUGUCGGGAUAAUGUGGGAGACCAGGCUCUGCUCGCCCAGACUGUCCACACCCUUCAGCAGGCAGUACAGCCUGGAAAACCCGUCUAUCCUUCCUGCAUGACAAUUUCAACACAGGACUACCAGGAGCUCAUAGCUCAUGUGCAGGGUUUACAAGUAGAACUGAGUCCUGGAGCAGAAAAACUGAUCCACGGCUACUACAUGGCAAGCCGUAGAGUCCGAACACAGAGUCAGGCUGUCAACAUGUCUGCAGCGUCUGUUAAGCUACUAAUCUCCUUAGCCGAGGCUCACUGCAAGUUGUGUCUCAGAACUCGAGUACUGGAGGAGGACGCUGUGAUUGCUGUGCUUCUUUGUGAAAACUCCGUCACCCUAAAGCAUGGAACAUCUGCUCUGGUUAUUCCACCGGAUGCAGUUUUUCCCUGUGAUGUGGCUGAUGUGGAUGGUUUACACAGACGAGAUCUAAGCCUGGAUGAGCUCCACCAGAAUAUCCUACGCUUCAUCUAUACUUAUGCACCGGGAGCAAACGCAUACAUCACCGAAGAGUAGAAACACAGUGUUCUUGUCAAAUGGGCAAUAUACGUGGUGGCCAGUAUCAACACGUCGAGUUUGGACAGCUUGGUGUCCGGCGGCACAGACGGCAAAGUCCUUU